CAUAUAUACACGCCCUCCACCCCCAUCGCUGCAGUGUCUCAACUGCCUUGGAGCAAACAAGAGAGGAUAUAGAACACAGACGUUAAUAAGACAGGGAAAGAGGGGUGCUGAAAGAGAGAUGUACGGGUGUGUGUGUGUGCGUGUGUGUGUGUGCGAGAGUGUGUGAGAGACCCUGUGAAUAUGAGGAAAAUAUGAAGAUGAAAAAGCAGGACUAAAGGUGGAUUGCAUACAGCCUUUCUCUCCCUGCAAAGGGCUUGUCUGCAGUAUCCUUUGUAAAUGGAUGCUGGCUUGUGAACACGGCUUGGAGGCCUCGAGUUGUCGGGGAGACACCACGCUGCAGAAGAACGGGGAAAGAUUUCCAUCAGGAAGAUCAAGUGAAGCAGACCAAAUAUCAAACUGAAGUGGAUGGUUGCGGAAGUCAAACGAGGGCAACGCACCGUAAGAGCCAUGCGGGAGGAGAGUGAAGGGUUUUUGGUAUUCACACACAUCUACUGACAUAUGCUGAACAGUCCCAAGGCCGCCAUCAUAGCCUGUCCUCAGGGGUAGCCCUUGCUAUGAACCCCAGCUACCGUGAAUUGAGCAGACAGUCCAACCUCAGUGCCAGGCGCUGUGUGGGCAUCCCACAAGUCUGGGUCCUGCCCACACAGUACUCACAGACUACCCCAGAACAAAAAGAAUGAAAUACUCCUGAGACACUCCUCUGUGUGGUGGCUCUCUUGUCUAGUGUUAAAGUGGUCUGUUGUGUAGUUGUCUGCCUCUUCCCCAGUGAGUUCCUGUUACUCCUAUUUUAGUGGAAACCUCUUCUGGCUCUUCCACCAGCUCCAAAACUUCGACAUAACUUGCUUACACAUCAAUCAGCAGCACGAGUUCCUUUGUGCUCACCACGUGGCGGAGGACCAUGGGAUGCCGUCAGAGCUCGGAGGAGAAGGAAGCUGCGCGGCGGUCGCGGCGGAUCGACCGCCACUUGCGCUCAGAGAGCCAACGGCAGCGGCGCGAGAUCAAGCUACUUUUGCUGGGAACCAGCAACUCCGGCAAGAGCACCAUUGUCAAACAGAUGAAGAUCAUCCACAGUGGAGGCUUCAACUUGGAGGCAUGCAAGGAGUACAAGCCCCUCAUUCUGUACAAUGCCAUUGACUCCCUCACCCGCAUUAUCCGAGCACUCACCACCCUCAAGAUUGACUUUCACAAUCCUGACCGAGCCUACGAUGCCGUGCAGCUCUUUGCCCUCACAGGACCGGCUGAGAGCAAGGGGGAGAUCACACCAGAGUUGCUGGGGGUCAUGAAACGUCUGUGGGCCGAUUCAGGUGUGCAAGAGUGCUUUCAGCGAUCCAAUGAGUACCACUUAGAGGACAACACUGCCUACUAUCUGAAUGAUCUGGACCGCAUCUCUGCAGCCGAGUACAUCCCGACUGUUGAGGACAUCCUACGAUCUCGCGACAUGACCACCGGAAUUGUGGAGAACAAGUUCACCUUCAAGGAGCUCACCUUCAAGAUGGUGGAUGUGGGUGGACAGCGUUCAGAGAGAAAGAAGUGGAUCCACUGUUUCGAGGGUGUGACGGCAAUUAUUUUCUGUGUCGAGCUAAGUGGCUACGAUCUCAAACUCUACGAGGACAACCAGACGAGCCGUAUGGCUGAGAGCCUGCGCCUGUUUGACUCCAUCUGCAACAACAACUGGUUCACCAACACGUCACUUAUUCUCUUCCUCAAUAAGAAGGAUCUGUUGGCUGAGAAGAUCAAACGCAUUCCUCUGACAGUGUGCUUCCCUGACUACAAAGGUCAGAACACCUACGAGGAGGCCGCCGUCUAUGUGCAGCGGCAGUUUGAGGACCUCAACCGCAACAAGGAGACCAAGGAGAUCUAUUCACACUUCACCUGUGCCACCGACACCAGCAACAUUCAAUUUGUGUUCGACGCUGUCACGGACGUGAUCAUCCAGAACAAUCUCAAGUACAUUGGGCUGUGCUAGGACCUGACACUGGGCGUGGGGUUUGGGGGUGGGUCGAGUGGGUCAUCAGUUGGCCCGUCAUCAGGCUGGAUAAACACGAGGCCUGUCACUCUGCCUGUUGGUUUAUCUCUGAAGAGGUGCAAGACGAACUGCAAGGGUACUGAGACGGUCAGGGAUGGACAAUUCUGAAGAUUUGCCUGUUCCAGUCGAAACAACAGAGAUGGUGGGCUGCAGUCGAGAUGGGUUUUUUUUUUUACCCAACGUGUUUGCACUGAACAUAUGUAUGCAGAGACACCCAAACACACACACACGCACACACACACACACACACAUAUACACACACACACACACGAAAGCUUAUGUUUGCUCACACACAAGAUCUUUUGGAUCAAACGUCAAGCACUUGUUUGACAAGGCAACACUGGAAGUUCUAGACAUCCACCCCUACCUGCCUGCCAAACCUGAGACUGAGAAUUAGGUCUGUGCUGGUGGUUUUUGGUUUCUUUUGUCUCCUUCAAUUUAUUUGCCUGAGUCAUUUAAUGCUGCUUUAUAGUAUGAAUUUUGAAAGAAUCAAUGCUCUCUUUUGGGUUUUCACUCAAACAAUGGUGACCAGUGGGCACACCUGAUGAGAUAUAUAUAUAUAUAUAUAUAUAUAUAUAUAUAUAUAUAUAUACA